AUGCCUCCUCCGGCAGGGGCUGCUGCCGAGGGGCUCAGGGAACUGAAACUUUGCAAGAGCUAUGCAUCACCCAACUUUGCAAGAGCUACCGAAUGGCCCCCACAAGGCUCCUGUCGGGGUGUGCGUCAUCACCCCAGAUACUGGGCCGUGCCCUGGGGCACAGCCGCUCCCUCCCCCACUCGCUGCAUCUCUCUGUUCCUGGUUCCUCUCCGCCCUCCUCACGUGGCCCCAUCUCACCUCUGGCCUAGACCGGCACCUCCCGUCCCGCCUCAGCUGGGUGGGGCAGGGCCGUGGCCUGGAGUCUGGUCGCUCAGGGGCGACGGCGAUUCCCCCCACACCCCACCGGGCGCUGUCUGGCUCCUUCGCUCCCAGCACCGGGGAGCUGGCUGGGACCCACUAGCUAGCAGGGCAUGUGAGCUGGGAGAGGGGUCUGUGCUGUGGGGCUGGGGUCUGUCCUUGCUGGCUCAGCCCCAUGGCGUGGGAUCUCGGGGGCCCUGUCCAUGGCUUGUGCCAGGGCCUGUGAGCGUGACGGGCUCUGACAAGCCAGGCCGUGCUAGAGCUGGUGGGGACGUAGGGCCUGGGAGCCGGGCCCGUCCUUUGGCUUGGGCUGGCCCCAGCUCUCCCCGAAUCUCUCCCCAGAGGCCCCUGCUGGUGGGCGGGCUGCCAUUCUGCGCCUUCCUGGAGACACACUGCCCCGUCGUCAGCGAGCCCUUCUACCCCACGCCCUGGUGCUUCGAGGGCCGGCUCCAGACCCUGCUCCGCUUCUUCCUCCAGUCCCGGCCCCAGGUCUCCUACCGCAGCGAGUUGCUCCGCACAGCGGAUGGAGGGCAGCUGCUGCUGGACUGGGCGGACAAUGCCGAGAGCCAGCGGUACCCGGAGCCUGGCACACGCCCCACCGUCCUACUGCUGCCAGGCCUUACCAGCAACAGUCAGGCCACCUACAUCCUGCACCUGGUGCAGCAGGCUUCCCGCGCGGGGUACAGGACUGUCGUUUUCAAUAACCGAGGGUGCAAGGGGGAGGAGCUACUGACCCCCAGAGCCUUCUGCGCAAGCAACACAGAGGACCUGCAGACCGUGGUCACCCACAUCAAGGCCCAGCACCCGCGGGCGCCGCUCCUGGCCGUGGGUGUCUCGCUAGGCGGGAUCCUGGUGCUGAAGUACCUGGCACAGCGGGGGCACGACACGGGGCUGGUGGCCGCCAUGACCUUGUCCGUCCCCUGGGACACCGAGGAAUCCAGCCGCUCGCUGGAGCAGCCGCUCAACUUCCUGCUGUUCAACCGGCGCUUGACAGCCAACCUGCGCCACCUCGUCAGCCGGCACAGGAAGGUGAUUGCAGAGAAGGUGGAUGUGGAGCCCGUACUGCAGGCGCGCAGCAUCCGGGAGUUUGACGAGCGCUACACGGCCGUGGUGUUCGGCUACGGGACGUGUGCCGAGUACUACCAGGACGCCAGCCCCUCGCACUUGGUCCAUGCCGUGCGCCUGCCCGUGCUCUGCCUCAACGCGGCCGAUGACCCCUUCUCGCCGCUGCAGGCCAUCCCCCUGACCACGGCACGGCGCCUCCCCACACUGGCGGUGCUGGUGACGGCACGCGGCGGGCACAUCGGCUUCCUGGAGGGGCUCUUCCCCCGGCACGAGAGCUACAUGGACCGCGUCUUCGCCCAGUUCCUCGCCGCCGCCUUCGAGCACAGCCAGGAGCUGAGCCGCAGCCUGGGAACCGAGCGCCCAGCCCCCCAAUAAACCACCUGCCCGGCUA